GCUAGACUAGAGCUAGAGCUACAGCAUUUCUGAAUGCACCUAGACUAAAAAAUAUACUCGAAAUUUUUUAUUUUUAUUAAUUAUUCUCAUUACUUGGGCGGUAAAUUUAAAUAUUUGAAGAAUGAAUUAUUAGAAACUGGAUAAAAAUUAAAAAUCAGUCAAAAUAAAAUGGCGGCAUAAUAUGAUAGAAAAAUAUUUAAAAUAUUAAAAAAAAAAAACACUUGAGUGUUUGAACAAACCUUGGCGGGAAAUAAUAUGCAGAAGGGUGUCCUAAUACACUUGGAGAUUUGAAUUAAAUUGCUCCAAGUGUAUUGCAGCCAAAAAACGUCACUUAACUGCUAUUUCCCACCAGACGAUGCCAGAUGAUUUUGCUCAGGAACUAGGAAGUUAUCAGCAUCAGCCAUCAGCAACACUUUACACUACCACUGAACACUUAAUACUUAACGACACUACAGACGUUAUGAUACUGAAGUUAGCAGACAAUUACCAAUUUUUGAAUUUUUUUUUCCACAAUUUGAUUGAAAAAAAAAAUAAAUAAAUAAAAAUAUGCACAUGUAGAAAAUUUAAAAAACUAAAGGUGCAAUUUUUUAAAUACUUUUUUUUUAUAAUCUGUUAUUUUAAAAAAAAAUUCAAAAAUUAUCAGAUGGCGGCGAACUUCAGUGUCAUACAGACACUUUGCACAAUUUAAAUUUUACAAACACUACACAAUUUAAUUAAACAAUAACUAUGAGCAACAGAUUUAAUGGAUAAUUACACGACGUAACUGCAAUACUGUGUUUCAAUUCAAACGCAAAGAAAGAUCUGGACUACAACUGCCAUUUUCGAUGAUACUAACUGCCGCUAUCGAACCGCCAGUUGAUACAAAGUAAUCGAUUUUGCGAUUUAUUCGAUCGCCCGCAGUACCGCCAACUUGGCGUGAAAUUUCAAAAUUGAAAUUUAAUCAUUUUAUUAAAAUUAUUCGUGUAAAUAAUUAUGUUAAUUAGGGUGCAUUUGGAAAUGAUCUAGCUCUAGCUUAAAAAAAAACAAAAUGAACAUUUAGCGCGAAAUUUAAAUGUUUAUAAAAAUUUAAAAAAUUGAGACAUUGAACUAUUGGCGCAUAAAAAAUUAUGAACUGUUAAAAGUUCUCAUUCAAUUGUAAUCAAAACUAAACAAGUGAAUGUCAGUUUCAGUUUGUGAAUUUAUUUCAAUGAAGAAUUAAUUAAAUGUCAGUUAAAUACAUUUCUAAGUAAAAAAAUGUCUGAUGCCGAAUCAAGUAAAUCUAAUGAUCGAUCAAACUCAGUACCUCUUAAUCUAGAAGUAUUUGCCACAAAUCAGGAACUAAUUGAAAGAGUAACCCAAGAAAUUCACUCACCAUGGAAAUGGAUCCCUAUAAUCAUGUAUUUGACAUCUGCGAUGCUAGGAUAUGCCGCAUCUAUUUUAUUUUAUUUAUUUUGGGAACAUGUUUUUGGAGGCAACUGUCCACUAUGGGCUUCAGUAGAGCCUCCGGUGCACGUAAGAAGUAUGAGAAGCAUGGACGGUUCAUUAGUAAAUGGCAACAAUAAUAAUAAUGGAGAUUUUAAUGAUGAUUGGAGGUCUAAAGUAAUAAUAACAUUUCUGCACAAGGGACAUUGUCAAUAUUUUCAUUUUAUUUGUUUAUGCUCAUGCUCAUUUGGUAUUAUUUGGUGCAUGUUAUUUGCUAAAUGCGCUUCAGGAAUAUUUGGAGCUCAAUGGCUGAUACUACCGCCAGUUUUAAUAUUUCAAAUUAUUUUUACAAUCGUAAUUUAUCUGUCUGUUUAUGAUUAUUAUCAUGGAUAUGACAGUAUGACUGCAGGUUUAAAAAUAGUUGCCGCUAAAUAUAUGAAUCUCACUGAAUUAGUUAAAUUUACCAAUGAUUGUGAAUUAGUAAGUUAUUACUUAGAAAUACAUAAAUUUUACUCUCAUAAUUUAUGUGAUACUCAAGGAAAUUUAGAGUUUACGAUAACGUUGAUGGCUUGGAGCUGGGUAGCGGGCUUGUCUUUCUUGAUACUCCGUGUCAUUGUCGUAAAUGACUUCAGGCUGCUAAGAACAGUAGUUUACAAAAUCCAUAAGAGUGAAAUUUCACUGAAUGAAAAUGAAACUCUUGAGGAAAUUAAUUUUAUACGAUCUGAUGCACGAGCGAGAAGAAAGAAUCGUAAGAAGUCUAAGAAACUGACAUUUUUGUUUGCUCAAACAUAAAUAAUAAAAUAAUAAUAAUAAUUAUAAACAAAAUUAUUAAAGAUUUUAAUUUAUUAUC